AUGGCAGAGAAGGGGGCCGAAGUGGACCAGGAGGAUGUAUUUCUGGCAUUUGCCCGGGGUCCCUCUCCUCCCAGGGGCCCGCUGCGUAGGGCUUUGGACAAGGCCUUCUUUGUCUUCCUGGCCCUUAUCCUGACACUACUGAUGCUGGAAGCUGUUUAUAAGCUGCUGUGGCUGCUGCCAUGGGCAAGGCUUGGGAACUGGCUUCUGAGAACACCUCAGAAAGAGGAGGAGCUGGAAUUGUGACAACCUUUCCUAUAAACAUCCUCUUUCCCUGCCAAGGAGCGCUCCUAGAGGAAGAGGCGACAAGACCCGAGGUAUUUUACUAGCCUCAUUUGGUCUCACAGCGGUAAUUUACACAGAUUCUCCUCAAAGCUUCCGCCCCCAAACGCCAGACCUCAGCCCCUGGAGCUUCUAGACAAAGCACGGCCUUCUGGUCAUCGCCUGCUCCUCGUCCA